AUGGCCUCGAAACUCGUGCCUCAGCUGGUGCGCGCCGCAUCUCGAAUUCUCCUCGACGCCCGUAUCAAGGAGCGAAACUCUCUCAGUGGUAGGUCCAAUAUCUCGUUCCAAUACGUGAGAAACGACGCCGUGGAGUCUAACAAAGAGCUUGAACAGCACCGAGACACCUCAUACAACAACCCCUCGAUCCCCUUCAAAUUCAACGAGACCAACUUGCGCCUGAUCGACGAGAUCCUCAAACGAUACCCACCGCAAUACAAGAAAGCAGCGGUGAUGCCGCUGCUGGACCUGGGGCAGCGGCAGCACGGGUUCACGUCGAUCUCGGUGAUGAACGAGGUGGGCCGAUUGCUGGAAAUGCCACCAAUGCGAGUGUACGAGGUGGCGACGUUCUACACCAUGUACAAUCGAACGCCGGUGGGCAAGUACUUUGUGCAGGUGUGCACGACAACGCCGUGCAUGCUGGGCGGCUGCGGCAGCGACAAGAUCAUGAAGGCCUGCGAGGACUUCAUGGGCAUCCACAGCGGCCAGAUGACCGACGACAAGGUCUUCAGCUUGCUCGAGGUCGAAUGCCUGGGUGCCUGUGUCAAUGCCCCUAUGGUGCAGAUCAACGAUGACUACUAUGAGGAUUUGACGCCCGAGACGACCGUGCAGUUGUUGCAGGCCCUGAAGGAUAGUGUCACGGUCAGCGGCUAUGAUUUGGGCAAGUUACCACGCCCCGGUCCCCAGGUCUACGAGGGCCAUCAGAGAGAGACGUGCGAGCCGCGGAAGGGCAAGACCAGCUUACUCGGGGAGCCGUACCACAUCAAGGAUGUGUUGAGGGCGGAUGGUGCGAUUUGA